AUGGACGAAAAACCAGAACCCCCCUUUCAGUUCAUCUACAACUAUGUGGACCAAGAUACCUUCACCAAGUAUCUCCGGUUGACUAUCAUUGUUUGCAUCUACAUUUUUCUCAGAGGCUACUACUCCAACUGGUCCAAACAGAGACAGGUCAAGAAUCAGAUUGAUUUGGACAACAAGUUGAAGGCAGAGGAAAAGAAGCGUGAAGAACAAAAGGAGGAGGAGAAGCUCGAAAAUUUGGACAACGAAGCCAAGUCUUUUGGUUGGGGAAAGGCCACCAGAAGAAACGUUAAACGUCAAGAGAAGAUUUUGCAAGAUGCUGCUGAGGAGAUUCGGGAGCGCAAACAGACUGCUUACGAUGCUGCCGAGGACCAUGACAUUGACGAUUUGUUGGAGUGA